UAGAGACCCACCUAUCCCCUCUCCAGUCCUCGGAACUGGGUCAGGGAUUCCAAGACACAUGCAGUGAAAGCCCUUGGAACCUUAGAACACGGUGAGAAAUUCCAGGAGCACGGAAGUCAGCGGGCAUCUCCUGGAGACAGGCAGACAUUUGGCCUCAGCGGCCAUGCCCAAAGUCAUGAAGGAUGUUGUGCACCCCUUCAGGGGAGAGGAGCCUAGCAUGGCGAGAGCUGUGGUUCGCAGCGUGGGAGGCUUUACCCUGGGCUUGUCUUUGGCCACGGCCUACGGGCUUCUGGAGCUACUGGUGGAAGGGCACAGCCCCUGGGGCUGCCUGGUGGGCACCCUCACUUUGGCCGCCUUCCUUAGCCUGGGCAUGGGAUUCUCCCGCCAGGUCCGAGCCACUGUCCUCCUGCUGCUGCCCCAGGCCUUCUCCAGGCAGGGCCGGACACUACUGUUGGUGGCUGCCUUUGGGUUGGUGCUUCAAGGUCCUUGUGCCAACACUCUACGCAACUUCACCCGGGCUAGCGAGGCUGUAGCCUGUGGGGCAGAGCUGGCCCUGAACCAGACUGCCGAAGUGCUACAGCGGGCCAAGCAGCCCCUUGUCAGUGCCCUGAACAAGAUUAAAGCUAUUGCCCAAAAGACCAAAGAGGUGGCUGACCGGGUCCGCAAGUUCUUUCGGUCAAUCAUGGAUGGUGUGAAACACGUAGCCAGGGCUCUCCGGAAUGUAUGGCAGUGGCUCCUGCACAUCGGGGAUGUGUGCAACUCGGAACUGGGCAACCCUUACCUGAAGUGUGCACGGGUUUUUGAUGAUGCCAAGGACAGCUGCAUGAUGGUCAUACCACAAGCCUACCAUCUGUGUUACGUGCUCAUGCCCUUCAAACUGGCGCUCUGUGGACUAGCCAGCCUGGUCCAGGUGUUCUGCGUCAUCCCUAAGUACAUUCAGCCCUUCUUGCGCCAGACCAUCGGCACCCCUGUGAUUCAGUUGCUCAACCGGGUGCGUCAGGAGUUUGAGUUCAACAUGACAGCCACCCACCACUUCUCUGUGGAUCUCAAUGCCUCUCGGAGUCUGUCCCAGGUAGCCAUGGACCUCCACGAGGCUGUCAGCAUGAAGCUGCACCGUGUCCGAGAGGCCCUGGCUCUGAUGGGGUUCACCACUCCUCUGCUGCUUGUGCUUCUCUACCUCCAAGCCCUAUUUUACCGGUACUGUUACCUGAACUGGGACCAUUAUGACAAUAUCUACAUCACCAGCCAAUUCCUGCGCAUGGAGGCUGUGCGCUCCGCGGCAGGGCUGCCCACAGUGCUACCGCUCAGUGCUCACGAGGCCAGGCGCUACAUCCCACCGGGCUCCAUCUUCUUGUCCCAAUGGGAGAAGUUUUUUUACAUUCUGGAGACCUUCAACCUUAUCCGACACCUCCUCCUCGUGCUGUUCCUAGUCUUCCUAGACUAUGCUGUCUUCUGGGUGCUUGACCUGGCCCGGCACCAGCUGCAGGGGGAGAUUGUGGCCCGCAGUCCUGUGUUGGUGUCUAUAACCGUGGAAGGGACUGGCUAUGCUGGGAAUAUUUAUCGUGACCUGGUGUCAGCAUUUGAUGUCCUGCAGCAAGGCAACAUCAGUAUUUUGUCCCGGCGUUGUCUCCUUCGUCCCUCGGAGCCGGACAGCACUGGCUACAUAGUCAUUGGCGUCAUGUAUGGCCUAUGCUUCUUCGUCACCCUGUUUGGCAGCUAUGUCAGCCGGCUGCGGCGAGUCAUCUGUGCCUCCUACUACCCAUCCCGGGAGCAGGAGAGGAUCUCCUACCUGUACAACAUACUUCUGAGCCGCCGAACCAAUCUGUUGGCUGCCCUGCACCGAUCAGUGAGGCGGCGGGCGGCUGACCAGGGCCACAGAAGUGCCUUCCUAGUGCUGGCCAGUCGGUGCCCUUGCCUAGGUCCAUUUGUCAGCCACUUUUGGCUGCAUCAGGCCUACUGCCUGGGCUGUGGGCAGCCCCAGGAUGAGGGAGACAUGGAGAACAUUGUGUCCUGCAGUACCCCGGGCUGCCAAGGUCUCUACUGCCUCACUUGCUUCCGCCUCCUGGACAAUACCUGCUCUGUGUGUGCAUCUCCCCUCUCCUACCAGGGGGACCUAGACCUGGAGCUGGACUCCAGCGAUGAGGAGGGCCCUCAGCUAUGGCUGGCUGCAGCUCAAUGGAAGGACCCUGAGCAGGCAUGGUUACUGCAGCAACCGCUCCAAGAAGUGCUCGGCAGGAGCCUCUCAGUGGAGUCCACUUCCGAGUCCAGUGACCUGGAUGAGGAGAAGGGGCCUCAGCAGAGGAAGCAUGGGCAGCAGCCCUUACCUGAAGCCCAUCAGCCUAUUAGCAUUCUCACCAGCCCUGAGCCCCACAGACCACCUGAGACAUCCUCCGCCCCCAAAGCAGUCCCCACUCCAGCUUCAGAACCCUCAGUCCCUCUCUCACCUCCCUCUCCUCCUGAUCCUUCCCACCUACCCCCCAAAUAAACCAAAAGUGGACACAAGUGUGAA